AUGUUGACGCACGCGGUGAAUACGAGUAGGUGCAAUCUCACACGCCGCAUGCAUACCAUGAAUCGCGUCGCGGCGCCAAUACUUCACGACUCCAUCAAUGCUUCGGGCAACACAACCGCGCAUCAAAUACAUAAUGCCGAACCACCUACCGCUCCCGUGCACGGGGUGAACGCGCUCAACCCCACAUGGAGCACCCCAUACGGGCAGCCAGUGGUGUUUGGGUCCCGGACGCCCACGUUUCACCCACAGCAACUGGUCAACGGGCUCCACCUAGCACCGCGGCCACAAAUACCGUUUGCGGCAGUGGCGGUCGCGUUACAAAAUCAACCGGGUAAUGCGGUCGCGUCCCCGUCCGUGCCCAGUAGCCAGCUCUUUGGGAUGCCCGUGCGUGGCUUCGUAGGGCCGCAGUUCUCGAACGUGGGAUUCAGGUACGGGUACAUCGGCGUUCAACCAGACCCCAUGGUGCACGCACACGCAUAUGUUGCGACGCCUCCUGUCGCGCCGUCAACACCAUUCUCCAGCGCGAUUCAUCCGGAAAGCCAGCCAGCGGUGCAAGACCCGCCAGACCCUAGUGAAGCAUUAGUUGUCGGUUUGGACACACGGGCGCGAACAGAGGGCACAUCAUCGAACGCGGUUGCCGGUGGUUUAGGGCGUGCGGUGAAUGGUGGAGCGGGGGUGAAUGCAAGCGCGCGUGCACAUUCGCCGCCAAUAUGGAACGUGAACUCACUGUUGCCCGGAAACCCCGACGUCCACAUCCGCACCCCCGCGCAUCCGACUGUAGCGUACGCGACUGGUGUAGGUGGGCAACCACAGGCGAACGCGGGGAACGCGAGGCGUGGAGCGGGUGCAAGCGGAAACGCGGUAAGGGGAAGAGGGACGGGUGUGAUAGGGAACGCGGGAGGAGGGACAGGGGAGAGAGGGAACGCGGCUAGAGGGAGAGGUGCGAGACGAAGGGGUAGGAGAGCGAUCGCGGGACGUGGGACAGGUGUGGGAUCGAACGAGUACAGUGCGAACGGGCAGGGAGCGCAUGGGGUGACAUAUAACGGCGGCAGGGGUAGCGAUGUUAACGCGAACGACGGGUCAGGUAACGGGCCAGUUAAUAGACCGCGUAUAAGGAGGCGGAGAGUCGAUGUAGUGCCGCACACGGCACACAACGGAUCCCGGGAGGGGAGCGAGGGGACAAGCGAUGAGGAUGACGAGGACGAUGCUGACGAUGCGGACGAUAGUUGGAAUGACGAUGACGAAAACUACCUAUCGAACUCGUUGUCCGCGCUCAACGAGGAGGAGGCGGAAGAUAACGAACGGGUGCGGGGUACGCGGAGGGACAUUGAGGUCCCUAUCGCGGAUUGGAACAGGCUAGGUGUGGACGACACGCCGGCCGCGAAACGAGAGAUGUGCUACGGAAUCCUCUACGGUGUCUCUGAGGCCACGCUAAAGAAGUAUCGCGGUUGGGCCAACGAGUACAAGCGGUUCAUGGCUCACGAGCUGCCUAAACUGGACGCGGGUAGGUUUGGUGAUGAGGCCGCGCUGAGAAACGCGAACCCCGACGAGAUUGGGGCCACGCUCGAACAGAACAUGGGUGGUGACUGGAAGAUGGCGGAGGGCGGCGAGCAGUGGUUCCACAGCCCUGAGACGAAUCCAUGGCGCUUACGCAAAUACGUGACCUUCCUCGCGAACGAGACAGUUGCGCAGGCGGACAGGAUGGCCACACUCAAGCGGCCGCAGAAGACCUUGAAGAAGAGACGCCAGUGCACCCCGGCAAUGCUGAUGGGGCGUCUCAAGGCUUUGAACCUGCUCAUCAAGCUGGACGGGGCCAUCUUCAGGAAGCCCGUUCUGAACCUGCUGCGCGACUUUGCGGAGACGGGCAAGACAAACAAGGACUUCUCGCUCAACUACAUAUCUGCUGUGAGGUACAUAGAUUGGACGCUGUGCGCGGUCGGAGCCACGCUGCUGUGGCUAGACUGGGUGUACGACUUGGUUCCCAUCCUCUAUGAGAACAUAGCCCCCCCUCUCGACUUCACGGAACCCUCCACGUGGUACGAUCAAUACCUGUUCUUCCCCCUUCGCGCGGGCAACGAGAAGCAAAUAACGCCCACGACUCAUCACGACUGGGCGGCGAAAAUUCUCCAGGACGCGGGAAUCACAUGCUCGCGUGCGGUACACGCGACCAGGGCUGGGGGGGCGCAGCACGCGUCCGCGGACGGAAUGCCUUCGGAUCAGCUAGCGAGGCUGGGGGGUUGGCGCUUCAUCGACGUGAUGACUAAGCACUACCUCACAACCAUUCCAAGGGAGGCCGUGCUGCUGAAGGCGGGCUUCACCGGGUGCAAGGAUUACAACCGCAGGAUGGUGAAAACGCAGAAGCCGGAGAAGCAGGACACCGCGGGGCUAAACAUACUGAAGGAGCUGGAUGGGGACGCUAGGAUGGCGGUCGCGCAAGACCUGGCGAUGUAUUACAUCCACCACCCGCGACACCCGUACGUGGUCAACAACCCGCUCUGCCAGACGGAGGAAUUUGCGUCGUGGGCUGCAGAUGUCUCAUUGGCAAAUCAACUCGCCAUACCCCGCGGCGCAGUUACGCGAAUGGCCGCGCUCAUUGGGGAGGAGGGAGGCGGCCAGAACGCGAUAAACCGUGUUAAGCGAAUCAUGAACUUCAUCGCCCACAGGGUGGAGCAAGGAGACGACGUCGCGGUAGUGCUCGACAAGCUCGACCUCAUGUCAGGUGCUGUGGGCAUGUCGGGUGUAUCGGAAGGGAUCGCGGUAAAGAAGAAGAGUGUUGACCUAGAACUGAGCCAGCUCAAGAAGGGUUCUCCGGUGGAGGUGCAGUUGCGUGUGAAAUGGAUGCUUGUUCGCGACCGUCUCAUCAAUGCCUCUCUUCCCGCUUCUGAGUUCACGGUCGCGUGGCCCCAGUACUGUGCGCUGAUGCCAGACUUGCAGUAA